GUGCGCCUCUGCUACAGGCCGGUGUUUGUCCAGUUUCUCUUCAGCGACCAUGUUGCCUCUCCUGUUUGAGUUGUCAGUGGAACAACAGAUCUUUUACUCGGUGUUGUUGUUCUCAUGGCUCGUGUACGUGUGGGAGGCCUACCUGGCCAACAGGCAGAGGUAUAUUUAUCGCACGACAACACACGUACCUUCUGAGCUUGAAAACAUAAUGGACCCUGAAACAUUUAAAAAGUCUCGACUUUAUCAACUGGAUAAAAGCACUUUCAGUUUCUGGUCAGGACUGUACUCUGAAGCAGAAGGAACUCUAAUCCUUGUACUGGGAGGCAUUCCUUUUCUAUGGAACGUUUCUGCACAUAUCCUGGAUCAAGCAGGCUUUGGGCCGGAGUAUGAGAUUAUUCAGUCAUUGAUGUUUCUUCUUCUUGCAACCUUGUUCAGCGCACUGACAGGACUACCAUGGAGCCUUUACAAUACAUUUGUAAUAGAGGAGCGACAUGGCUUUAAUCAACAGACUUUGGGAUUUUUUUUUAAAGAUGCCGUUAAGAAGUUCUUAGUGACACAGUGCAUUCUACUUCCCGUCACAUCCCUUUUGCUGUACAUCAUCAAAAUAGGUGGUGACUACUUUUUCAUCUAUGCUUGGCUCUUCACUUUGAUUGUGUCUCUGGUUCUUGUAACAAUAUAUGCAGAUUAUAUUGCACCUUUGUUUGAUAAAUUUAUCCCACUUCCUGAAGGAAAUUUAAAAGAAGACAUAGAAUCUAUGGCAAAAAGUAUUAACUUUCCACUGACAAAAGUUUAUGUUGUCGAAGGAUCCAAGCGUUCCUCACACAGCAAUGCUUACUUCUAUGGUUUCUUCAAGAACAAAAGGAUUGUCCUGUUUGACACCCUCUUGGAGGACUACUCACCUUUAAAUAAAGACCCUGCAGAGGAAACAUCAGAGAAUGAAAGUGCUGAAAGCAAAUCCAAAGCCAAAAAUGUUCAUAAGAAGCAAGGCUGUAAUAACCAAGAGGUCCUUGCCGUGCUGGGGCAUGAGUUGGGUCACUGGAAGCUGGGCCACACUGUAAAGAAUAUUGUGAUAAGCCAGAUGAAUUCCUUCUUAUGUUUCUUCCUUUUUGCUGUGCUGAUUAGCCGCAAAGAACUUUUUGCUGCAUUUGGAUUUCAUACCACACAGCCCACUCUUAUUGGCCUUAUGAUCAUCUUUCAGUUUAUCUUCUCGCCAUACAAUGAGGUUCUUUCAUUCUGCCUUACAGUAUUGAGCAGGAGAUUUGAAUUUCAAGCUGAUGCAUUUGCCAGAAACCUUGGAAAGGCAAACGAUUUGUAUGAUGCUUUAAUUAAACUAAAUAAGGACAAUUUAGGAUUUCCUGUAUCAGACUGGCUUUUUUCAAUGUGGCAUUAUUCCCACCCUCCCUUAUUAGAAAGACUUCAAGCUUUGAAAGUAGAAAAACAAGACUGACAAAGAAUUUGACGCAGUUGGCAAAUUAGUAUUUCUCCUGCAAAGAUUCUUUUGCAGCUUAUUUUUUUUCUUCAUUCCUUUAAAACACCGUAAUGCUUGCUUAUGUCUAAACCUGCCUGUUAAUGAGUCAAGGCAACCUUUUAAAAAAGAUUAGGUGUGAAUGUAUAACUGUACAUUUCUUUUUUUUUUUUUUUGUGUAAGGAACAGAAAAAAGUUCUGAUGGUUUUUAAUGAUUUACUUUGUACCACAGAGCCUUAUGUUUUUUAAAUGUAUUUAUUUUCUUUAUAUGCUAAAACUGCCGUUUGCAGUUAACUUUUGGUUCAUUUAUAUGGCAGUAAACAAAAACGUUUUACUCAUAAAAAUGAAGGCUAUUUUUUUUAUUUUUUCCUCUUAAGAAUUAGUAUUGGCUAACAGUCUGUUCUUUAGUCAAUAUAGACUAAAGACAAUAUGUACAUUUAAGUAUUACUAUGUUUUUUUCAUAGUUAGCAUAUGGAAUGGUACCAGUGUUAAGAAUCUUAUAAUAAAAAAAACUUUUUUUUUUUCUUAUGUGCAAUUAAUUGGCUUAUGAAAUAAAAUGGUUUUGAUUUUCCUACUGCAUUGAGGUCUCGAUAUACUAUAUAAUUGUGGUCUUGGUGCUGAUUCCCAAUGAUAAAUAAAAAUGGCAGAAUGUUCCAGC